AGCGAGCAGCCACGGGAUGGGAGCAUGUACCAAGUGAUUAUCGCGAUAUUAUUUACGAUACUAUAUUCAUUUUUUUGUUCGUACUAAACGGUAAUAAAUUAUUAUAAAUAUUUAUAAAAUAACUUUAGGGAAUAACUGGUUUAUUCGCAUUUGGAGUAUUAAUAAAAAUAAUAAUAAUAAUAAUAACAAUAAUAUUGAUAAUAAAUAGUGUCGUGAUUACAACGAUGUACAAUUGCGGUGGCAUGGUGUUAGUAGUCAUACCGAUGUACUUAUUAUUAAAGUCUUCAAUUGACUUACUACCUGUGACUUUGUGAGUUGUAUAAUGACACUGAUAUUGUAGCCUAAAAAAUUGUUAUAAAACGUGAAUGACACUUGAGAUUUAUUAUUAUUCGGUGUGUUAUGAUAAGGGUUAUUAUUUUUUAUAAAUAUAAUAAAUAAUUAUAUAGAGUAUAGAAUAAAUAAAAAUCAACUGAACAACGCUUGGAGUUGGCCUAAUUUAUUCAAGAGCCUAAUCUUAAGAUUAUAUCUUCAGUAAGCAGAGGGCGAACAUGUUGGAUGGCCUCUAUGGAGUAAAAAGUGAUAAAUCUUAAAUAUUGAUGAUUUAAUGAUGAUGAUGAUGAUGAUGAUGAUGAUGAUGAUGACUGACUAACGAAUGAGUCCUGGAAGUCGGUAAAACAGCGUAAACUUUUUAUCCUUAUCGACUUUACAGCAGCCGAAGGCAGAGGCAGAAAAUCUUUCUCAAUCCACUGGGUCUUGGAUCAAGUGAGUCAACGGAGUUCACUCAGUACCCGGACUGUUGAUUGUAAUCGAAUUUUAUUUAUCCUCUACUGGAAAUGAAAUAAAAAUAAUAUAAGAUAAUAGAUUGAUUAAAUUUAAAAUUCGACACGACGUUCCCCUUACUAACAAUUACCGGGCGCUGGCAGCGCAAUCAGCAGCCUGACCGGGGUUCUCGACACUCGUAUAUUUGUUGGGAGAUUAAUUACUCGAUGAAAUUGUCAGACACCUUAAUAAUAAUAUCUAGAUAUGUAUCUGCAUAAACAGCCAAAAGUAACUGGUUUAUGGUUGUAUGACUUAAUCGGUGGUUGAUUCGACACGAGUCGUAAAGUUCACGGGAACCGAGUGUAUUAAUUCGAGGAGAAGCUGAGCUGUAGGCUGUAGACUGUCUGACAAAGAGUUGAGAGCCAAAAGUGUCUGACGGUAUUCUCUGAACGUGUCCAGAUACUACAAGCCAAGUGGAACUAACACAACAUCUCCCUGAAUUCUUUUGUGCGAGAGACCAUCGUGAGACACUAACUGUAGGCUAGCCCAAGAAUAAGGGGGACAAGGAUAAAGAUAGCCCUAACAACAAUAAUAAUCAUCAUCAGCAUCAUAAGGAUAAUAAUAAUAAUAAUAAUAAUACACGUGAGAGGGAGUUUGAAGGAAUAACGCCCGAAGAAAGAGAAUGGAAAAAAAAACUAUGGUACUUUUCACGGGAUCCACUUGAGUUACACGGUUAACUUACUGGGGCUUGUUAGUUGUCCUCGACAACUGAGUUAUUUGUCUUUGUGUGGGCGAUUGUUUAACUAACGAUAAAUAAUAUUAAUAUUUAUUCGCUAAAAGUGCAAUAAUUGCGGAUUAUUUAUUUGUAAAAACGCUUUGGAGCAGCCAGAUACAUAUAUACAAACAUAUAUAUAUAGAUCGGGUGUAGGAAUGUACAUGUGGUACAUGUGAUGCUGGUGUAUUAGAGCAGAGCGUGAACAACCGGUUGGGUAGUUGACGAGGUUACAUAGUGUAACAUCACGUCUUUUUAAAAACUUUUUUCUCUAUAAUUGUUAUUAUUAUUCUUAUUAUUAUUUUUAAUUUUUUUUUUCUUUACGUUUUCACAGCAAACUUGAAACUCAUGUUUCACAUGGUUUUCCAACAUCGUGUAACCACUUGUCAUAAUUAUUUAAACUAUAUCUUGUGUGCCGUGUAAAACAAGUCUCCGCGUAUUUGAGUCUCAUUAUCUCAGCAUCCUAUCAUCACACUGCUACACUACUCAAGAUCUACCAUAUAUUUUUUCUUGUUUCUUCAUACAAGUUUCUUACAUACUUAUAUUUAAAUAUUUAUAAAAAUAAAAACACUUUUGUGAUGAAUGACAACGCCCGGAUUUAAAAUUAUAGUAUUGUAUUAAAUGUGGAUUUAAAGUGAUUGCUUUAGUUUGUUAAUUUGUAAUAAAGUGCGUGAAUAAUAAAUUUACAAUAAGUAAAAGUAAAGUAAAAACCGGAUACUGUUAAACGGAGUACUUAAAUACUGGAUCUUGCGUAAUUAAGUGACGAGAAAGUACGCUAUUUAUUUUAUUCCAUAAUCAGCUACUCUUAAAAAGAGUACCAACGGCCUCAAGAUUCAGCCGGACAUCAUGCCUUGGUUCAUACUCUUUCUGCUCCUGCUAUCUGUGAUGGAGGCCUUCCCAAGGGAGGCCACCUGUUCACGUUUGCCGGACAUUUACUGGAAUUCAACCAACCCAAUAUUUCGUAUAGACAACACGGACCAUAUUAUUGAUGUAAAUAAAAAUAAUGCAGCGUUUGAGUAUGACCAGGUGAAUAUUAUAUGUCCCGUUUACGGACCUGGAACUUACGACGAUGAAGCUGAGAAAUACAUUAUUUAUAAUGUGUCCAAAGAAGAGUACGAAACUUGUAGAAUAACAAACCCGAGUCCGCGAGUGAUAGCGGUUUGCGACAAACCCACAAAAACAAUGUACUUUACCAUAACAUUCAGGCCAUUUACACCGCAGCCCGGUGGAUUGGAAUUUCUUCCUGGUCAUGAUUACUACUUUAUCAGUACAUCGUCAAAGGACGAUCUCCACAGGCGCAUUGGUGGCCGGUGCUCCACUCACAACAUGAAGGUGGUGUUCAAAGUCUGCUGUGCCAACGACGGAUCAUCAGCGACGUCCCGCAACAACCUGUCAGUUACCGGAAGCAGUAGCGGUAGCAGUACUGUAUCUAGCAGCUCAACAAGCGGUGGAAUUUUAGGAGUUAACAACAACAACAACAACAACGGUGGUGUCGGUAUGCCACCAUCGCCACCCCCAAGCGUCUUCAAGGGCGGAGAUCGAUUCUACCCAGGAGGCAACAUCUAUCAUCAUCAACAGGGAACAGCCGCGGCGGCGCCCACUCUACCUCACGUACCCCCUCCAGCAAUCUACCCGUCACAUCCCCAUCAGCCGCAGCCGCCGAUUCACAAUGGACCGCCAUCCCUAGCGUCACCGCCCAAGACCUCCAUCACCCAGAAGAAGAAAAACAAGGAGUACUCGGAUCAUCCGAACGAGGUGGUAAAAAAUGAAGAGCUAACUUACACCGGUGCAAGCUCAGCACUAUGUCGACCACGAGAGAGUUUUCACCGAUUGAUUUACCUCUCAACGGUAGCACUUCUGGUCAGCAUACUACUGCCCACUCUGAUGCGGUGAACCGACUGCAGUAGACCUCGGCGCCCAUCGAGACUCCCCUUCUUCUGUGAUUAUCCUACGUUUAAUUCAUUUCCACGAUCCUUCGACCUUCGUUGCCUUGGAAUCGACGGAUGAGUGACUGAGUGAGCGAAUGAACCAACGAUCUGCGUCUACGAUAUUCCUGUUUACAGACAAUUAUUAUUAUUAUUAUUAUUAUUAAUUAUUAAUACUAUUACAUCAUUCGUACGAGGCAUUAAUAUAUAUUUAUAUGAAAAUUCAAUUACUAUAUAAAUUUAAACUUUCAUAUAAUUUUUUUUUUGUUACGAAUCCCAAUAGUCAAAAAAAAAUUUAUUUAUUCGUCAGUUUAUUUACAGGAAAAAGAAAUAUAUAAACUUGGAAUACCAUAAAGUAUAUUAUUAUUUUUAGAUAUGUAAAAUUAUAUUUUCUAAAGUGACAUGAUAAUUUUUUUUAUUUCAUAUUAACGCCUCAUCUAUUCUUGUCAGCAUUACAAAAAAAAAAAUGAAAACUGAGAAAGCCAGCGAAUGAACAAAGAAAGAAUGAGAAUGAAUGAAUUUUUAUUUAAAAAAAACAACAACUAAAGGACGUGGAACAAAAUUAAUUAAAGCCAUAUUAUAAUAAUUAUAAUUAUUAUUAUUAAAUAUUAUCACUAGGCACUAUGUAGUUAUCCACUAUUAUCACUAUUAUUAAAGUUCAAAAUAGUCGUACUGAUUGUCCUCAUCAUUACGCCAAUUAAUAAUGGGUAUAUUUGUUUGUUAAAUAUAUAUAUAUAUUUAACAAAUAAAUAUGUAUAUCUAUAAAUAUAUGUUUAACGAUAUACGGGCUAUCUCGACGAACAGUUUUAUGAACUACUUGUUAUUAAAUUAUAAUUAAUACUGAGACGUUUCUUUUUUUAGCGGACACUCUCUCUUUAUUUAUUAUCAUUUUUUUGAAUUACGCGGCUAAUUCAAAUAAUUUAAAAACAUAAAUCUGUCAUCGUCGCGGAUAAAAACGUAGAUAACAAUAGUGCCGGCGCUGGUCGCGCAGACACAUUAUUAUUAUCAUAUUUGUAAAUAAAUUUCUAAAUAUUAUUAAUUGACGUUUAUUUAAUUAAGUAAAUUAUGAGACUAAAAUUAACAACGCGAAUUAUAAAAUAUAAUAAAUAUUUUUGGUAAAUUUAUUUAUCUUCUUUGUCGUUGAAAUUAAAAGAAAAAAAAAUAAAAAAUUGAUAAUUAUGACGGAUAAUUAAAAAAUAUCGCGAUUGGAUUUAAUAUGUUUGUUUAUUUAAUACGCGAUAACGACAGUAUGAAUGUCAAUUUAUAUUUAAAUAAUAACAAUAAUAAUAAAUAGAAUAACCUCCGUGUAAAUAAUAAAAUCAUAACGAAUAUAUAUAUUAUAUAUAUAAAUAAUAAUUAUAAUAAUGAUGCAUGUGUUUAUUACGCAAUACUUACGAUAAAAUUCGUAUAAAUAUUAUUUAAAUAAAAUGACAUCACGACUGUCUAUUUAUUAACAUGGGAAUAUUUUAAAAAAAUAUAUUCAAUAAUACUUUUUUAAAUUUCUCGUCAGAGUAAAUACUAAAUACAUACAAAUAUAUAUACACGUAUACAUACAUACACAUUACACACGCGCACACCCAUUAAAAUAGACAAGUCUUGAGUCGAUUGUCGUUAUCAAAACGAUGAUAAUUAAAUUAAUAUGUAAUAUAGUAGUAUUUGUAAUAAUUUUUAUAAUAAGUUUGUAUUAUAUUUAUUACUAUCUAUAUAAUUAUUGUCACGCAGGGAAUAUCUGAUUAAAUAGAUAUUUAAAAUAUAAUGCUAGUAAAAAAAAAAUUUAAGUAAACGUCAAGUAAGUUUAAAUAGUUAAUUAUAAAUAAAUGAGACAUGUGUUUCCCUUAUGUAUUAUUAUUAUAAAAAAAAAAAAAAUGGAACGAAAGAAAAAAUAAAACAGUGUCAUGGCAUUUUAUAUAUCUAGCAGAAUUAUGUUUAUCAAUUGAUACUUAAACUCUUAUUAUUUAUUGUCGCAAUUAUCCUUAAUUUAUCCAUCUAUUUGUUGAAUAUUUUUUAUUCGAUUAUCGAAUAUUCAGGAGAUUCUAUGGUUCCCGUAGCGCUGUCAAAUGACCGCGAACUUCUAAAGAACUCGACAGAAUGACUUAUUCAUUAAAUUUUUCAAUAACUUGAUUAGUAGAAAAAUGCGACUUAAAAAAAAAGUUUAAAUUUUCAUAGAUGUUAUCUUCAUUUUCUUAAAUAUUUUUUUCUGGCAAGUAAAUUUAAAGAUGACAAUUUUGAAAAAAAGUGCCGGAAUUAGUCCAUUUUUGAAGAAGUUAUUUAAAAAAAAGUUUUGGUCAUUGCAGCGCCACGGAAACCUAGACUUCUUAAUAUUGAUAUCAAAUAACUUAUGGAAAAUAAUUAAAAAUUGAAUUCUUUUUUUUUUAGUUAACAACAAUAAUAAUAAUGAGUAAGACGAUAAAGACAAAAUGAAACUGUGUUCUUAUUGAUUACUCCUUUAUAAAGUGAAACUCGAGUUGUAAUGAAGAUUGAGUACUGACUGUAAAUAUUGUAUGUUUUCCACUCCCCCGUCCUUAUAAUUAUUUUUUUUUGUUUCAUUAGUCCACUCAAUAACUAAUUGAAAUUGAUUUAUUUAAAAAUUUGAACUUAUUAUUUACAAUAAAAUAAAGUUGUAGGUAUACAGCGUGUACGUUAUUGUAAAACGUUGUCCAUUACAGUAUUGUAAGCCUAAGUAUUAUAGUCUUGUUAAUCCAAGUGUAUGUUAAAUAAAUUUUUUUUCAUCGUGCGUGAAUAAUAAAAUAUCAAUAAUAAAAAAAAAAAUAAUAGUUGAUUUUUUUCAAAGCAAUCAGUCGAGUUUGAAUAUUUAUGCCGUCUUAUAAUUGAUAAAAGACUGAACUUAAAUCCAUCAACUGUUUAAUUUAUGAUAAUUAUUUAUGAUUAAUUAUUUGGUAUUUUAUUUACUGAGCGAAUUGUAUGUACGAGUGAAUGUGACGGUCAUAUAUAUAUAGAUAUAUAAUUUCAUGUUAAGAUAAAGUUUUAAAAAAUAAAUUAACCCGUGUACUAAGUACUAAAUUUAUUUAAACUCAAGCUACAGAUAUUAAAGUGACAAAAUAACAUUUUAUUUUUAUUUUAUUCCUUUUUUAAUAAUUUAUAAUUGUCGAUAUUUUUUUUCUCCAUUCCAGAUCCUACUUUACCUCGCUCAAAUAAAUAUUUUAUUUUACCGCAUUACUUAACCCGGGGAAGCGGACAUACAUUUUGUAUAUACGAAUUAUUAUUAUAAACAAAAAAAUAAUAAAUGUAUAAGAUUAUUGAAAUAAUAAAUUAAGACAAGUAAUAGGUUUAUA